AUGGAGGAACAAUUGUCUUCAGAAGGCGCACGGAUCUCCUCGAUGUCGGUGUCGGUGGCCCACGAGGCAUUAACUCGUGAUAUAACGCCCCUCAUAUUCAAGCAUUUCGUCGACAAGUAUUAUAACCUCAUCCUAUUGCCAAAUUGUCAUCCUGAGUACUACUGGACCUUUUUCCACGAACUCGAGCGACUACUCCCCGACUGUCGAAGUCUGCAGUAUACGGUCUUGGCCAAUGCUGCGUCACAUCUUCACUCGACCAUCGAAUCUUCCCAGAUGCAGGAACUCUCACUUACCUACUACCUACAAGCUUUGCAAGCCCUGCAAGGACUUCUUGGGUCAACUCCACAGCUGGAAAAUAACAACGGGUUGCUGAUCUCGAUAAUUCUACUGUACACCCUUGGAUCGACUAGCCAGGGCACUUACAGUGAUAUUCCUGGCCACAUGAAAGCAGCUGUGAAAAUCGUAACUCUGCGCCAUUUCAAGAGCCACGCAGUCAUGACCCAACCAUUUGAACGGCUUGUCCUGGAGAGCGUCCUAUUUUCAAUGUUUAUGGUAUCCAUGGGUCUAUGGUCAGACCAAUUCAACUCUGAUAAUACUUUCGACCUGAAUUUCUGGCUGCAUGCCGAACAGCUGCUAAACCGAAUGAACGCAUUCCCGGAUUCAUCCCCUGGCGUCGGUAGUCCGGUGAUCGGCGUGCCUGUCGGGCUACUGAAGCUUCUCCUUCUUAUCAGACAGCUGCGAUACGACCCAUCCGUCACAAGUGCGCACCUACUGAGCGACUUGAAGAGCGAAAUCUCCACUUGGAAGAGCUCCAUUAUUUGCACUCCUGGUCCCGAUUGCCCUGAAGAUGAUGAGUCGGAAGACCUUCGGUCGCGCAUCACUCGAGACGCUGCGUCCCUGUUCAUCAUCACCGCAUCCAUUCUCACGGAGCAAAUGAUUGCGGGUGAAUUGAAGACAACUAUUCCUCUAGUACAUGACUCUGGCUCAUGGGAAUUGCGCCGUGCUACGUCAAUAUUGAGGAAAUAUCAAGACAGCGAGACGUGGUCAAGAUUCUUCACUUCGAACGUUCCAGUCUAUACCAUCGGCUUCUUCGUUGUGGACAACGAGGACAUCAAACUCGUUCGGCAAGAUCUGCAGCGGAGAUGGGAUUUCACCAAGUUUGGCCAUAUUCUUCUGUGCCGCAGCGAUUUAGAAGCCACGUGGGCAAGACGAGGUUGUGGAGGCUGA